AUGGGCUCUGCUAUUAGUUCUAUCACCGCCUCUCAGGUCGUCUUUGUCACCCUUAUAUGCGGCGCGCUCACGUACAGGCACUACCUCAAAAACCCUGCUUUCCAGCAGACCGUUCACCAAGCCAUCAGCUCGGGUGAGCCGAGUCUCUCUAGCAAUGCUGGUGCCGGAACCGGUGGAAGGAAGAAGAAGGCGAAGAAGGGCACAGACGCUGGAGCGGGUGUAGAGGCCGUUGAAGGAACAAAGCCAACCAUCGUCGCGUUUCCUCGCGUCGUACCAGGCGAACUCUCCCCACCAAGCGAUGCAGAUCAGACAGAGGGAGACACUGCGAGUGCCAGCGAGCCCGCGGCGAAGACGAAGAAGGCAAAGAAGAAGAAGAGCAAGGGUCCUGCUGCCUCUGUCACGGACGUCGCUACUCCUGGCGCUGCUGGCACCAAGUCCAGCGCCAGCGGCGAGCCCGAGAAGUCCGCGGCCCCUGCUGCGGCUGCUCGGCCUCCCAAGGGAAGCAAGUCGACUGCUACUCCUGCUGUGGCUGGUACCUCGCAGAAAACCCAGCCCAAAGAGCAGCAACCACCGCCCCAGGCGUACGACACCGACAGCUCCUGGACCCGCGUCGAGCCGAGCCGCAAGUCCAAACGCACCAAAGGCAAGACUGAAGGCGAUGACGACACCAAGCAGCAGCUCGGCGUCGCGACAGACUUCACGACGAGCGACACCGGCGCGUCUGGUGCGUCCGGGGCAGGCGACUCGCCCGUUACGGAGCGCACGGACGACGAGUUCCCGGUAGUCGGGACGAGCUCCGGGGUGUCCUCGGAGAACCGACGGACGUUCGCCGAGAAGAUGCUCCCAAAGCCGAGGAAGACCGGCGUCGAUGACAUGCUUGAGCAGUCGGAUUACCCGACCAUUGCGCGCGUUAUGAAGAUUAAACCCGGUCCUGGCGAGCAGCCACCGGCUGGGUUCUCGUGGCAAGACUACGAGGACGUGGAGCCUAUCUCUAACACAGGCACAGCGCAAACCGAUGGAGACGCGGGAGAUGACGAGGGCGAGUGGGGCGUCGUGAAGAGCAAGUCUCGUACAAAACCCUCACGCGAAGCCAGCACCUCCUCGGCCCCAGCCGCUCAAAAAGCCCCGGAGACGAUGACUAAGAAGCAGCGACAGAACGCGAACCGCCGCGCAGCUGAGAAGACCGCCAAGGCCGAUGCAGAGGCCGAACGCAUUGCGCGCCAGGCGCAGCACAAGCGCGACGUCGAGCGCGAGCGCAUCAUCGAGCAGGCGCACAAGAGCGGCAGCGGCUCGCGGAGCGUGAGUGGCGGGAUGAGCGCGAGCGUGGACAGUCGCGGGAAGAUGGUCUUUGACUGAAGUGGGCGUGAUGAAUAGAUUUCUGUGGUUUGCUAUUUCCAGCUGUUCAUUACCGAGGACGAGGAGGCUGGGCCCCGGGGAUAUUCUGUCUUGCCGCUCCGAGGUCGGCGGACUGGGGGAUCUUCGUCGACGACGAGCCUAGACGUGGAUGAGGUGCUUGCGUUCUCGUUGGGGGCAGGCUUAUUACAUAAAUAUUGGUCGUGUUGUUCUGUUUUCUUCUCUUUGUUUUCCGGACCCUUUGCUCGAGUCUGUCGACGUCGUUGACGGAGCGUUUUAAUCCAAACUAGUCUUUGUUGGACAUACAUACCUUUUCGUGCGCAUAUAUUACUCUACCACCUAGCUAUAGCCGCAACCCCGUAACCAC